AGUACAGGUCACGGCCUUUAGUCCUCAGAUAAGAUAGUUUCCAUAAAGGGUUUACAGCUACUCGCAAAGUUAACUUACAGUUCACAAAGCAUCAUGGUUUGGAAAGCAUUUGUCGUUGUCUGUCUUCUGCAGUAUUUGAUUCCCGGGGUGCCUGCACCGGGCGUCACGAAGAUAUGUAAACACUGUGACCACGUGUCAAACCCUGCAGACUGCACGGUGCAGCAAGCUUGCCACCACGGGCAAUGCGGUUUGGAUGUUUUCGACAAGAAUGGAAAUUUCACCUAUAAGUUCAGCUGCAAGGAUCAUCAUGAAUGUGAAAACCCACUACCUGCGAUAGGCAAAAGGCAACACCACCAUCAAGACUUCGGAACAAAAGUCUGCGCACAGUGCUGUGAGGCUACUGGUUGUGAGAACAAUCUUUGCCCGGCCUAUGCUGUUGCUACAACAGUCAUGCCAGCGGUCACGACAGUAGCACCAGACACCAGCGCAUGUCACGACACCGAAAGCGAUGCGUUUAAGUGUGCAGAGCUGGAUAAGUACGAUUUUUGCCACGACACAACCUCUGUGGCCUACUCUAUUGCCCACGAGAAGUGCCCAAAACACUGCGGAUUCUGUGGUGGUAUAACAACAGCCGAACCUAUGGUCACUACAACUAUGGCCAACACCCCUGCACCCGAUACCACAGUCAACCCUGAGGGCACGACAGUGAUAAACAUCGUGGUGACGAUUGGUGGUGGCACUGAUGCGGAUUGUGUGGAUGUGGAGGAUGAUCAGUUCAAGUGCGCUGACUGGCUCAGCUUUGGCUUCUGUGACCCCGCCUCCGGGGCAGGCUACCAAGUAUCCAAGCUCAGGUGUAAUAAGACAUGCGGGAUAUGCACCCCAUAAGGUCGGCGAGUUGGCGGUUUUAUUUGACAUUUCAUGUAAACAUGACAAAAUAUGGAAUAAAACUACACGAGCUUCA